AUGACCACCUCCAUCCACACCGUGGGUGGAGGACCGGCUCUGCAUGCAGUCGGAGUACUUCAUUGCAUGCUUCCCCUUCUGGCCAUCCUCUAUUACAUUCUCUCUGCCUCCAUCGGUGUCUUCUGUGACAAACUCCAAAAGACAAGUAGGGACACUCAGGUCAGGGGCCUGAUGACCGUCAAGCUGUGGUUGGUAACGUCCAUUCUGAUCACCUAUGUUAUCGAUUCUACUUUACUGCUCCACCUCUCUUUCUCCGGGGAAGCGGUUAUCCCCCAGGAUAGUCUCGUCUUUUCUCCGAGUUCUGCUUUACUCUGGUUCGCCCUGCUUCUAGCAUAUGCUGAGCCACAGACUUCCUCGUGGCAUUCUCUUGCCGGAUGCUCAGUGAUGUACUUGCUCGCGGAGACAUUCUUUGUAGUUGUUCAACCUUGCCAGAAGCCUGAAAAGCCUUUGCUCGCUGUACUCGAUAAUGUCCAGAUAUUUCGCUUGUUCGUCCUAGUUUUCCUCCUCGUCUUCGCUUUCUGGUCUCGGAUUUUAUCCGGAAGGCAUAGGCAGUCUGACGAAGAGACACCUCUUCUCGGUGACCGUGGCUCACAUAAUAGAAAUCGUUGCCGAGGGAACAACAAUUACCCUAGUUAUGGGACAAUGGCCUAUGAUGAAUACGAAGGCCCGGAGUCCGAAUUAGAAGAAGAAGACUCGUAUUACUGGGGUGACUUCGGCAUACUCACUUUUCUUCUCCCUUUCUUUUGGCCUAGAAAUAAACUGAAACUACAGCUCCUAUACGGUGGAGUGGGCUUCUGCUUCUUGGUUGGACGUAUUGUGACUGUUCUCGUCCCUCUGCAGCUUGGACAAGUAGUAAAUAAUCUGAGUAACAAUUCCGGUAAAAUGCCGUGGAAAGAUAUCGUCAUACUUGUUCUCCUUCGGUAUCUCGACUCGAGUGGCGGCGUGACGGCGAUCCGUAAACACUUCUGGCUUCCACUUGAGAAUUACUCCUAUUUCCGGAUAAGCACUGCUGCGUUUGACAAGAUCAUGGGCCUGUCGAGUGAUUUUCACGACAGUAGGGACUCAACACAUUUAUGGGAGUCGGUCAACCGAGGGCUUUCUAUCAGAUAUUCGUUCCGUACAAUGCUCUUCAAGAUCAUCCCGAUGAUCAUCGAUCUCAUUGUGGCUUUCGGCGUAUUAUACUACAUGUUUGAUGUCUAUAUGACAUUGAUAGUUGCGAGCGUUGUCCUCUUUUUCCUAUGGUCGUCCAGCAGGUUUCAGGUCAAACAACAAGACAAAAGAAGUCAGUUCAUCGCCGACAUAGAUAUGGAGCAAAGAAUCCUCUGCGAAUCCACUUCUAAAUGGAAAACCGCAACAUAUUUCAACCGCAUUCCUUGCGAAAUGGCACGAUACCACUCUGCAGUCACACGUCGCCUAUCAUCUUCUUUCCGUGUUCUUCUAUGGUCCAACUUUGAGUUGGCUGCACAGUCAUUCUUGCUCAUGUUUGGCCUCUUAUGCGCCUGUCUGUUAGCGGCCUAUCAGGUUACUUCAGGGACGAAAUCUGUUGGCAGCUUUGUGACGUUACUCGGCUACUGGGCUCAGUUGUCUAGUCCUCUACUGUUCUUCGCAAGUGGGAUCUGUGAUAUUGCCUUACACGUUGUAAACGCUAGAGAGUUGGUUAAACUUUUGAAGAUAAAGGCCGCUGUCGUCGACCAAGAUGGGGCAAGACCAUUAGCUAUUAGCAGAGGAAUGAUUCAAGUCAAAGGGGUGGACUUCGCAUACGACAGUUUCAAACACGUGUUGAAGAAAAUCAGCUUUCAAGUCCUACCCGGUCAAACAGUGGCUCUUGUCGGUGAAACUGGAGAGGGCAAGACCACGAUCCUCAACCUCAUUUUGCGUCUAUAUGAUCCACUCCAAGGCACUAUCACCAUCGACGGCCAAAAUAUCUCCAAGGCCACACUGCAGAGUCUGCGCGCAAAUAUCGGCAUUAUUCCUCAGAAUCCGGUCUUGUUCAACGACACUAUCCUGAAUAAUAUUAAAUAUGCGAACCCUUCUGCAUCAGACCAUCAGAUAUAUGAGGCAUCCAAAUCGGUUGGCCUUCACGGGAAAAUCAGUGUAUUUUCGGCUGGCUAUCAAACUCUAGUUGGUGAAAAUGGUGUGAAGCUGUCUGCUGGAGAACUCCGACAGAUCGCCAUUGCCCGGGUAAUAAUCAAGAACCCCAAAAUUGUCCUUUUGGAUGAGACCAGUGGUAUUUUGGAUAGCAACACCGAGACUCAGAUCCAACAGGGUCUACAAAAGCUCUGUCGAGGACGAACUACGUUGGUUGUUGCACAUCGACUCUCCACCAUUGUUAAUGCAGAUAAAAUCCUUGUUGUCCAUGAUGGGAAGAUACUCGAACAAGGGUCUCACAACUCGUUGUUACAAGCGAACGGUUAUUAUUCUCGGCUUUGGGCUCAUCAGCAAACGGUGGAUCUUUACACUGCUGUGAUCUCUGGAACUCUCACUGGAGCCCAACGAAAGGUCGUCGGAAGUUUAAACGGAGAGUCAUAUCUAGAUGGAGAGUCAUCAUUGCCAGAUUAUGAUAGCCUUCUGGGAACUGUAACAAGGGAGUCUGCAACAGGACCUCUUAAGAAGACUUAUAAACUGGUGGAAUCUCCUGGUGAAGGUCCCAGUCUCCAGGAAGUUCGUUCUUCCAAUUCGAACAUCGGAGGGAAGUCGACAGAAGCUCACGACGCUCACUCGAAGAAAAGUGUCUGGAAACCAGAUGUACCAGACUUCAUUCCAUCUUCUAAACUAACCUUGACCACGGAUUCUCAGGCACAUAGACCUACUUGUGAUCAAGGUGUCGGCACUUCAUGGCGGGGUACUAUGAGAUCUACCGGGAGUAACGAAAAUAUUCGCCCGAGUACUACGACUUCACAUGACAAUAGCAAGAAAAUUUUCUCUACGUUUGAGCUGUACACUGACACAAGCCGCUCGGAUAACUUGUCGGCUCCGAGUUUGAAAUCGCACUCUGCAAAAGCGAAGAAGCCCAAGAUACGGCAUAAUCUGCGCAGGGAGCUUACAAAAAGCGAGCCUACUGAUAUGGGUGUGACCCCAAUGUGA